AUGGAAAAUCUACAAAAUUGGUUAUCACUGCCUCCAAAAUACACUACAUUUAGGAUAAACAGGCUUAAAUCAUUCAAUAGCGAUAUUCUCAAAGACUUCUUGACGACUCAAACUAAUGAAUUACAUACUUCUGUAAUACCAAACUUUUACUUUUUGAAUUUAGACUGUUUGGUAUUGGAGAGGUGGCCUGAAGAUUCUUUAGAUGUGACAGUGGAGUAUCAAGGAAAAGAGAUAAUUGUGGAUGCUUUAUGUGCAGCUGCUGUUUUAAGAGGUGCUAAUGUAUUUGCACCUGGUGUGGUGGGACUUCCUGUUAAUUGUAAUCUUAAUGAAAAAGUUAAAAUCUAUGGUGAUCUGGAGGGUCAUUGUAAAAGGGGCCUGAAAAUUGCCUACACUGGUAAAAAACUAUUUGUAGGCACAGGACUUUUAAAAAUGUUAAGAUAUGAACUAUUUGAUAAUGGUGUUCAGCCCAGUGGAAUUGCUGUACAGACAAUUAUGCCAAUUUCAAGAUUACCUGUUAUAAAUGAAGCAAUAUAUCCAGAGGGUGUAUUAGUACUACAAAAUCUUCCAUCUAUUGUAUGUGGUUGGGUAGUCGACGCAAGACCUAAUGAAUAUAUUCUCGACAUGUGUGCUGCGCCAGGAAACAAGACAACACAUUUAGCAGAAAUGAGUAAUGAUGAGGCCAUAAUAAUAGCAUUGGAUAAGACCCCCCAGAAAAUAGUAAAGAUAAAAGAAAACUGUAGCAAACAAGGAGUACAGUGUGUUAAAGCAUACUCAUUUGAUUCCACAAAAUGCUUUUCAAGUAAUAGUACUGGGAUCAAUGGCAGUCCACCUUAUCCUUCUCAUAGUUUUGAUAAAGUGCUACUUGAUGCUCCUUGCAGUGGUUUAGGUCAAAGACCUCAACUUAUGAAUAAAAUGACUCCCAAAAUGUUAGAAUCAUAUAAAUUUGUUCAAAGAAAACUAAUGAGUGCUGCUGUACAAGUUCUAAAAAGUGGGGGGCGAUUAAUAUAUAGUACAUGUACAGUGACAGUUGAUGAAAAUGAAGGUAUGGUACUAUGGGCUCUAGAGAAAUUUCCUUGUUUGAAGCUAGUUCGAGCAGAUCCUCUACACGGAAGUCCGGGAUUGCAAGGAUGUGGACUAAGUGACGAGCAAAGGAUGAUGGUACAGAGAUUCAGCCCUGAAAUAGAUCCGCUAAGACCAACUGAACCAAUUUAUAGAGAUACUAUAGGAUUCUUUAUAGCUACUUUUACUAAAAUCUAA